UCAUGAUCUUCAUAUAUAAAAAAUUUGUAUUUUAAUAAAAAACUAAAUUUACUUUUUAUAUAUUUUGUACAUAAUUUCAUUAGGUAUUUUAAACUGAUUAUGUCUUCAUCAGAUUCAGCAAUUCUUGAUGACAACACUAUAGUGGCCACUGAUUUACCAAAUGAUACAGAAGCAGCUAUAAAAUAUAUAAAAUCACUGUUGCCCGUAAAUGUAAAGGACACAUUGAAGUACCCACCUAUUGUGUUUAUUAAUCAAAUCUAUGAUAUUAUACAUAAUAAAACAUUAAUCAAUAGAGAAUUGGAAAUAUUACAAAAACAGUGUAAAAUACAAAAACUUACAAUUGGAACCUGUGAUUUUUCUUCGGCUUUUAUACUAUAUGAAGAUUAUGUUAAGUACAUUUUAAAUGUUUAUCCUGAUAAACCUUGUAUUACCAAAUUUUUAAAUUCUAUUUUGCCUUCAAUUAAAUCAUUUGGAGUUGAAAAAUGUGUAUUAAAACAAAAGUUUAAACUUCAACAAUAUGAACUGACAGAAUUAAUUAAUUGCGGACUUUUAUUAAUUAGAAAUCAAGAAAGUUAUUGGAUAUCUUUUCCAUCAUCUGGAAAUUUUAUUAAGCGUUAUAUUGAAGGUCGAAAAUAUAUUAUUCAAAUUAUAAAACGUCGAAAGUUUCAGGAGAUAUUAGAAAGUGACUUGGAAGCUAGAUGUGCUAAAGUAUCAAAAAUAAAUGAACUUGGUUUUAAAUACUUUUUACAUGAUAUCAAAGGAUCCAAUGAUAUAGUAAUAAUAAAUACAACUUCUGGAUGCCUUUUGAGAAUUGCUUGAACAAAAACAUUUUAUGUAAUUGGAAUGGCUUGGAUUUAUGAACAAUAUAUUAGAUG